CCGGGCCACAACAUGAUGAUGGGAGCCGCUGGUGCUCACAACGUGGUCGUCCCACCGGUAGGGCACGAAGAUGUCAGCACCUGGGACAAUUUACCCACUCUCGCCGAGUACUUUAUCUUUCUGAUUCCCGAACAAGGAGGUGGGUCGUACCACCAAAGGGAGCAGAUGGCUGCAGCUUUCCAAGGAGUGCUGCAUGAUGUUGAGACAGUGAACAAGAUGAACACAGCAUAUUAAAGUUAACGACAUUCCCCUUCCCCAUUUUCGCUUUUUUUUCAAGAAAAACGCAGGUACGAAAAAAAACAAAUUCAAGCCCGUCCGCCACCGCCUCCGCCGCCGCUCCGACCUGUUUAUCUAGCUACUUUCAUCAUCAUCGUCAUCAUCUACAUAUAUACAUAUAUAUAUAUAGGGCUAGCUAGUUCGUCAUCAGUUAAUGAAAGCAAGUGAAAAGGUCUUGUUUUUUCGGUCCUUUCUGCAGGGUCUAUCAGGGUGGGACGCUGGCUCCUGGCCCCACCUGGGGCCAGGAGCCAGCGUCCCACCCUGAUAGACCCUGCAAAAAGGACCGAAAAAAGAAGAUCUUUUUACUUGCUUUCAUUAAGUCAACUGAUGACGAACUAGCUAGCCCAUGGGACACAUAUAUAUAUAGAUGAUGAUGACGAUGAUGAUGUAGCUAGAUAAACAGGUCGGAGCGGCGGCGGAGGCGGUGUCGGACGGGCUUGAAUUUUAUUUUUUUCGUACCUGCAAUUUUUUGCAAAAAAAGCGGUUUUUGGGGAAGGGGAAUGUCGUUAACUUUAAUACAGCACCACAAGCGGGCACAGGAGCUCUGCAAGACACGACGGCGACGGCCUUUGCCAAAAGUCGCGACGAGGACAAGAAGCGUCUUCACCAGUCGCGCCACAAGAGGCAGCUGGAGGGGCAGCAGCAGCUUCACAGCACUCCGCGGCUCUCCGACGUGCUCGGCGCGGCGCUCCUGCAAGAACAGGAGUACUACGCGCCCCUUAUGGAAGUGUUCAAAACGGUCUACGCUCCUCACAUCACGCAAUUUGCGGAAUCGCACGACGCCGUGCAAACGCGGAUUCGGCAGGCAAGGGAACUCGCGGAAUUGACCAUUAAAUGGACGGAAAGGAUCCUGGAACAUAUGGCGUCUCUCCUGCCGGAUUCGUCCGGUAGAAGCGACACAGAGCAAGGUCUUCGGAAAGACGAUAUCAUGGGAGACGGCGCUUCGGCAGCAUCUCUCGUUGCAAGUGGAGGUGUAGCGGCAUCAGGCAGCGGCGCUGCGAGUACUGGCGCAUCUUCAUCUAUUUCACAGCACUUUUUUCGUCUCACGGAAAUGUCUUCUGGUCCGCCUGACGCGCGACAACAUCACAGGACGAUCAUGAUGCCCUGCUCCUCGCACAGGAGGUUGCGCUCGCCCCUUUUCUCCGCGGCGGGCUACUCUGGUGUGUGUUUACCUAUCCUACAGGAAGAUAGAGGACAAGAAUAAUGCGCCGGUAGAAGUACAACCAUGCUCAGUUGUCAGAAAUUAAUAUCUGCAGUUCUCCAGGAGGACGAAAGGCUUUUUGUGCAGCCACUGCCACAAAAGCACGCUUCAGAUCUUCCGCCCUGAUGUUUUCCGCUGCAUCAGGAGCGCAAAUGAGUUUCUCACGUACCCUAGGUUAUUUCAUCUUCUCUGUGUCCUUCAGCAUUGCCUUGUUCUGCAGAAAACUUCGGUUCAGCAUGCUGCAUGCAACAAGCUGAUGCUACUUUUAAAAAUACUCUGGCACUCUACUACUUCUACAGGUCGCGUGAUUCAGAUUUGUGUUUUCUCUUGCAUAUUUCCUCCGAGGAGAAAAAGACGCAGGCUAUUGGAGACCACGACUACUUAUGGGAUGAAAUAUCAUCACGCACACCAUCUCGCAGGAGUCGCUCCCCAGGGUGGAAGUGGCGAAACAAGGAGCGGCCAAGGUAAGAAAAAUACUUCGGAAGCAGACCACGAGCAGGUGGUGCAAUUUCUGAAUAUCAACCACGUGGCUGACUUUACCAAGCACCACUUUUUCCCCUACGUCGCUGCGACCUUGCGCACCUUGACGAAUGUCGAGGACAGUCGGGAUAUAGUCCGCGUCGCGGCGCAAAGUCUGCUGGUUACGUUCGGGUUUAAUACCGCUGACAACUGAAUAAAGCCGAUAGUGAGAAGAUCAUGACAACUCUUGGAUAGUUGUGCGACCUAGUACAUCGAAUACGACAAAAUACAAAAAUACUAAUACAAAAAUUGGAAUUGCAAUAUUGAUAUAACGACCUCGUGUAAAGAAAGAAAUAAAAUAAGACCGCGCGGUGAAAAGAAUAAAGUGCGCAGCUGUGACCUUUAUCUCUUUCCCUUACAAGUAGUGUCCUCCGGCUCUUUUUUCUUCUUUCUUGCAGUAAAAAGACUUAGACUAUACAGGUUUAAGUUUUUUUGCUGCAAAGAGCGAAAUUUUUCUUUCUGGAAAAAUUUCUGUUUCGAUUUAUUUUUUUUUCCACGCCUUUAGUCGUUCUUGGACAUUCUGUUUUUAUUCUUUUCUCGCUUUCACAAGAAAGCCGAACGAAGCCAAGGGCACCGCCGGGGGAGAAGUGGUACUUGUGAUAUCAAAGGAAAAAAUCCCCCCUCCCCAUAUCGAAACGAAAUUUCUGAUGCUGGAUUUGCGUACACAAAUCAGGUCUGUCUUGCUAGAGAGGACUCCAGGCAUAUGCCAAGCCUGAGUCGGGAGGUUUGGACGUAGGCGACUAGCAUGACAGAUGUUAGCUCUGUAAGCCCAACAGCAUGACAAACCGCCUGCGCAAUGCGGCGGUUGUCUGCGGAGUUGCGUUCUUGCAAGACAGACUCGAUUUUGGCCGCAAAUCAGCAUUACAAAUUUCCAAAAAUAUACCUUUUCAGUAUGGGGAGGGGGGAUUUUUCCUUUUGAUAUGUGAUGUAAGUAGUUCACCAUGGUCCUCGCAGAAUCUGCACGACAACUGCUACUCCUCUUCUUCGGUGAUGUUGAUUUUUCGCACUUUUUUUUAUCGCUCAAGACGGUCACUUAUCUAUAUCAAUCUACCUUCGAGGUGAAGGAUGGAAUAAAGACAUGUAGAAUCUUAUGUAAAAAUCUCACGUCGCUACAGCAAGAAUAAGGUCGACAAGAACCAGAAGUCUCGUCGACUUUCAUUUGAUCUUAGACGGUGGUGCUUUCACAUUCAAAUAUCCUGUACGAAAAUCUACUUGAAAGCACUUCUGGCUCUCGUUUUUUUAGAGUGGUAUCAUGAGCUCAAUUUCACACGCCUUGCAAAUACAUAUUUGCGUAAUGGCGAGAAUUGAAGUUAUUCUCAAAGAAGCUACAAUUUCAUGAUGAUCCAUUUGUUGUUUUUUUUCAGCACUGAUAUGUAAGAAAGCCGAAGAUGCCUAGCCAGCUUGUAUCUUUCUAUCUUCACUUAGCGCGCACCCCGUGGUGCCGCGAAGACGGAGACCACAACAUCUUCGCUCGCUGAAGAAGAGCACGCGGAUAAUUAUAGCCGCAAGCUAUCAUCUAAAACGACUCGACUAAGAAAGAAGCAGCAGCCAGCUCCACUGGUGCGCUCCUUUUUUGUUUCCGGAAUACAAAUUGCAGAUAUUUAAUAGAGUUUCAUGGUAGGAAGACUAUGGAAUUUUAUGAUGUAGUCCCGAACAGGAUCUAUGUAAGUUCAACCGACAUCGCUAGGUAGAGCAUAUCGACGAUUUUUCCCUGUUUCAAAAUCGGGUCGUGAAUGAGGGAUGACCACAUCGACAGCAGUUGCAUCACCUAACUAUCACUAAUAGUAUUAGGAGCUCACUGUGUCUAUGACCCGGACAAAUCCGAAGAAUAUUUUCAGAAACUAAGCGUCUGUGGCAGUCCAGUUGGAGGACUUUGUCAAGGUGGACAAUUAGACACGAGAAAAAAGUUCUUUUUCGAGUGAAUUACAGAUACAAUUAGAAACUGUCUAAGGAAAAAUCACUUCCGUUGUCAAUGUUUCAGGGUACUAGAACCAUUUUUACUUACAUGCGUCGACGUCUCCUCUACUACGUUGCGAGCCUGGGCGUAGCAGUUUUCUGUAACAAGGUAGGAGGCUGCAGUUUUCGGUGCGCAGCCAUGCUUCACCCAGCAUGUUCGGCGCAGCUCCAAAAAACAC